AACAAACGGAAUGUAUGUAUCUCCUUCCCAUUGGUAUAAUCCAUGUUUUGGGGCUUCUCUGUGUUUACUUUUCCCUGCUUUUAAGACAACAACACUCACCUUGACGCUUUCUUCUUCUUCCCCUAAAAACCCUAAUCUCAUCUGUAUAGCCAUCUUCACUCUCCAUUACCGCUGCUUUCACGAUCUCCCUCGCCGGUAAUCAGGAAUUAUGGCUUCUGCACGGAUGUACGUUCCACAAGGAGGCACCUUUCAGGAUCAUAAUCGGUUUGGCAGAAACUACUUGAGCAAUAAUAAUAGUAAUAGAAACAAGAACUGGAACCGGAAUUGGAACAACAAUCAAGCCAGGAGCUUUAACCACAAACAUGGCUUGUUAAGGCAGUUUCAUGCGCAUGGUAAUCCAUAUCAUUAUCCUCAGUCUGAUGCCACUCCAUCUUUGAAAAGGAGAAAAAUUUCAGAGAACACUUGGGGUGAUAGUGGGAGACCUAGGACAUAUCAUACUGCUGCUGCUGCUGCUGCUGCUGCUUCAUUAAACUCCAGCAAUCUAGUCCCUCCUUCUCUCAGAUCUGAUGCUGAGGUAUCUACAUCUAACACCGGCAAACGUGACAGGUCAAGAUUGGAGGAUGAUGAACAUGUCUUUAUGUCUAGAUAUGAGAUUGAUAGAUAUUCACCCUCGAGGAAAGAUGGUAUUGAUGUUCUACGUGAAAUGCAGUUGCGCUAUUCUUAUUGUGCCUUCAUUCAAAAUCUUGGAGUGCGGCUUGAGUUGCCCCAAACUACUAUUGGCACUGCCAUGGUCUUGUGCCACCGGUUUUUUGUCCGAAGAUCGCAUGCUUGCCAUGAUAGAUUUUUGAUUGCUACUGCUGCUCUUUUUCUUGCUGCAAAGUCAGAGGAUACACCACGCCCCUUGAACGAUGUGUUGAGAGCAUCCUGUGAAAUUUUCCACAACCGGGAUAUUACUUUCCUAUCUUAUUUGCUCCCAGUUGACUGGUUUGAGCAGUAUCGGGAACGUGUAAUUGAGGCAGAGCAAAUGAUCCUGACUACAUUAAAUUUUGAACUUAAUGUGCAACAUCCAUAUGCUCCUCUUACAUCUACUCUAAGCAAAUUAGGUCUAUCACAGACCAUCUUGUUUAAGAUGGCAUUAAACUUGGUCAGUGAAGGAAAAUAAAAGAGUUCAGGUGUAAGAAGAUAAGUUUAUAGACGUCUUCCAUCUGUCCAAAAAUUUGUGACUUUUGUGCAUUCUUUUCUUUUUAAGACCAGCUGUUCUACAUGGUUAUUCUUCAGUGGCAUAUUGAUUCUUUUGGCAUGGCAUAUAAUUGCAGGAUCGAUAAAGGAAUAGGGUGCUCGCCUGUGUGAUAGUGUUUGGUGGCGGAUAGACAUGCUGUUCAUGGAAAGUUUUGUUUUUACAUCUGAAGUUGAACUCCUGGUGUCUUUUUGGAUCCGUUUGAUACACAAUGAACUUGGUCAUUGCUACAAAAUAUAGGCACAUAGCCUACUUUUAGAACCGUUUUACUAGCUUACUUUUUAAACUUCCUUAUGAGUUUCAGUUAAUUUGGAAUCACUCCUGGAGUUCCAUAGACAUACUUCAAGUUUGUGAUAUCUGGCCACGUGCCCAUUUGGUGUUCCUUGCCCUCUUGCUGUUCCUUGCACAGUGUAUUGGAGCUAAAAUUGUUGGACCUCUCUGGGGUCAAUGCAUUUCCUAUAGGGUUAUUUGUUUUUAGGCAGUCUAGUCACAGUUUUCCAAGUCGUGAAAUGUGAGUUUUUAUCUAAUGUCCAUCUCUGGCUGUCAAUAUAUGGGCUACUCUCACCCUGAGUCCUCCAUUUUGCAUCAUCAUUUUAAAGCAUUUUUUGUGCAAAAUUUUUUCAUAUUUUUAUUCAGAUUUUUUUGUCAAAAUUUUGAGAAGUUUGAAUAAAUCUUAGUGUUUUUC